AUGCCGGCGCCAAAGAACAGAAAAGUGGCCAUUGUUGGCAGUCGUUCCGUCGGCAAAUCAUCGUUGGCAGUCCAAUUCGUAGACGGCCACUUCGUUGAUAGUUAUUACCCUACCAUCGAGAACACCUUCAGCAAAACGAUUCGCUACAAGGGACAAGAAUUUGCAACAGAAAUUGUCGAUACUGCAGGACAGGAUGAAUACAGUAUUUUGAACUCGAAACACUUCAUCGGCAUCCACGGCUACAUGCUAGUGUACUCAGUGUCGUCUCUACCGUCUUUUGAGAUGGUGCAAGUAAUCCGCGAGAAGAUUCUGAAUCACUUGGGUACCGAAUCAGUCCCUAUAGUCAUCGUCGGUAACAAGAGUGAUCUCCGCCCCGAACAACGACAAGUCAGCGCAGAGGAAGGCAAAAGAGUAGCAGAGAAGAUCCAAUGCGGAUGGACGGAGGCCAGCGCACGAUACAACGAGAACGUCGGAAAGGCCUUUGAUAUCUUGAUUGCCGAGAUUGAGAAGGCCCAAAAUCCGGGCGAGACGGCAGAGGGGGGCAAAUGCAUUCUCAUGUAG